AUGCCUGGUGUUAACAAUGGUGCUUUGGCUUCAGCCGGCGUCAUUGCCGUCUCUGUUGCCGUAGCAGCUGCCAUCGCCAUCUACGAGUCCCCCGAACUACGACGCUAUGCCGACGACAUCCGGAGGCGAAUCGCCGUCGCCUUGCACUCGCUCGGCGAGAACAUCGACCCCGCGGACCGCCCGCCCAUGUUCAACCGCCCCGAGGAUGCCCAAGGCUUCUUAGAGUCCCGCGGAGGAGCCGAGGCCGGCGUCGACGCCGACGAUGAGACUCGCCGUCGUCAACGUGAGGAACUGCUGUACUGGAACGCUCUGCACAUCGCCAAGAAGGAAAAGGAAAAGAUCGAGGCCGAGAUUGCCGAGUCAAAGGAGCUGCCCCCUGCGCCAUCACGCGGAAAGUCUUUCGACGACUUCAUGCGACAGGACGUGAACAGCGAGAAGGGCGCUUUCGUAUUCAACACCGGCGCAGAUGUCCGCGGCGACGACGACGGUCUCCUCCGCCGCCGCCCCGAAGGUGUCCGCGGUCUGAACUCUUCUCUCUACGCCAACCCUUUCGCCGACGAGCAUCAAAUCGACCAGGACGAGUUGCCGACGAUGGAGCCCAACCACCUGUCCCCCGGCCGCGAUGAAGCCAUGUCAGACAUUUACAGCGCCACUACCCGCGACGCCGACGAGCGUCCCCGAGACAUUGCCGCCGUCAUUCCUCCCGUGCCCGCCCUGAUCCCCAACGAAAGCUCGUCCCAAUCCGAAAGAUCCGCCACCCUCGACCGCGAGCUCGACACCGACGAGUACAUGACGGCCGGCCAGGAGGACCGCGAGGAGGCCUACGCUUCCAUCCAGGCCUGGGCUCAGGGGUCCAGCCCCUCCAACUUCUACUCGCCACUUCCCAUGUCGCCGCCUGUGCCCAUGUCCGAGCCCGAGCUGGUUAGCGACGGCGAGCUUACCCCCACCGACUCCGCAUCCCUUGCCGGCUCCGGUGAGGAUGUCGCCAACGAUGCCGCCUCGUCGAGGGCCGGCGACACCGGUCGUUAUUAUGAUGUUUUGAGCGAGAGUGAGGGCAUGAUGACUCCGGCCAGUUGGUCAGAGGUUGGCAGCGUCAUCAGCGAGAGCGAGGCGCAGCCCACUCACGCAUAG